CAGACAAACGUGUUGGGGUUGACACAGCAUUUAAGAAAUCAAAAAGAAAAAAGUAAGGAGAAGUGGUUGAUGGUCUUAUUAGUAACAAAAAUAGGCUACUCCCAUACAAAACAUUUGUCUAUAAUUUCAACGAUUCACAGGCCUACACAGAAUGCACAUGAAUCGUUUUCCCAGUUAAAGAAGUGAUUGGAUGGAUGAAUGUCGUUGGUUUUAGGAAGGACCAAGGGGAUAAAUAUUGCUUACUUAUCUUAUUUGCCUGGACUCUUCUUCACUGAAAUCUUGAAGAACAUAUUUUCUUCUCAGUUUACCAGAGUCACGUUGUUUUGAUAUCACAUUUCUGUUUCACUGUUUGCUAUUUAAAUGUAUAUCUUCAAUGCAAAGUGGUGAUAUUUCAUUAUAAACUGAAUAGGUUUUGAGGGGGGUGGCCUUCAUCCUCCCAACUGUAUUCUCUAAUCGGCCACGGGGAAUAUUAAAUGUAUCGCACAAAUCUCUGUAAUGUGUCUCUGUAAGGUUAGGUGUUGAAAUAUUACUGUCCUGAAAGUGUUGUGUAUGGCACAGUUUGUUUACAUGUUGUUGUGGAGGUUCGGAGAUGUUGUGAUCGUUGUUGUUUGCUGGUAAUCUCAUACACACAGCGAUGUUGUGUGUGUGUUCAGAUGAUGUUGUAUUGGCGUAGCUGUCUCUUUAAGAGUUCUGUAACAUGACUCCAGUGGUUUUCUCCUCCUCGUUGAAGCGGCUCAGGAUCAGAUCUGCUGACGUGUCGGCUGCACGCACCGCGGGACUGCAGCCAUAGAGUCAGUCAAACAUGGCUACACUGAAUCCGUGUUGUUAUGUUUUACCGCUUCUGGUCCACGCGUGUUUCGGUGAAUGGAGCGGGGAGCGGCGUUUCUCAGACCUGAAGCGCUGCGCGGAUGAAGAAUGCAGCAUGCUUCUCGGCAGAGGGAAGGCCGCCAAGGAUUUCACGGGGCCGGACUGUCGUUUUCUGUCUUUCAAGAAAGGAGAGACGAUAUAUGUGUAUUAUAAACUCUCAGGACAGAGGUCGGAUAUGUGGGCCGGCAGUGUUGGAAACCACUUUGGUUAUUUUCCAAAAGACUAUCUUACUAUAAAUCAUAUAUACACUGAAAAAGAGUUUGAGGUGCCGUCAGAGGAAACAGAUUUUGUUUGCUUUGAUACUGGCCUGGAUAAGUUUGACAGCUAUGAUAUAGAUGUGCUAUUAGGAAACUCAUUGUUAAUAGAAAAUGAGAAUUUGACAGAAGACUCAAAAGAACCGUCUCACGAAGCUGAAUUAUCACAGCUGCCGUCUGAGACCGAGACAGAAAGUUCAGAAUCACCGGCACAUCUUAAAACAGAUCCUUUACAUUCAGAUUCACUUUCAGAAACAAAGUCAUUCGAUUCAGAAUUACCUAAAGAAUCAGAUUCUUUAUAUUCAGAAUCACAUUUAGAAACAGAGUCAGAUUCACUUUCAGAAACAAAGUCAUUCGAUUCAGAAUUAUCUAAAGAAUCAGAUUCUUCAGAUUCAGAACCACUUUCAGAAACAAAGUCUUUAGAUUCAGAAUUACCUAUAGAAUCAGAUUCUUUCGAUUCAGAAACAGAGACAAUAGAACCUGUAGAAUCACCCGAAAGAGAUGCAGAUGUAUUAAUUUCUAUAGAUCAGGAAUCUUACAGCUUUCAGCCAAAGAUAGAAGAUAUUUCAUCAGAAACAACACUGGAAUCUGAAGAUGAACCAGAAAAGCAAGAUCCAGAACCAAAUGCUGCUCAGCUUCAAGAGAUCCCAAACAAGCAAGCUGAUAUUUCACCAAGCAAAGAUGUAGACGUAGAGACGGAUCCGUCAGAUUCUGAUGUCUAUGAUAUUGAUCAAUCUGAGCAGAACCACCAAAGCGACUCUGAGAGACGGACUGAUUCAGAGGACGUCACCGAGUCUCCUGUGGAACCUCAAGCAUCAGAUUCAGAGAUGGAGAGUAAAGAACCUCCCAAAACAGAGAAGGAAAAACCACUACAGACAGCAGAGAAAACACUGGAGAUGGUCGAGGAGAUCGCUGAGGAUGAGAACGUUUGGUCAACAUUUAAAGAAGCAGAGGUCCAACAUGAAACACAAGGAUCCCCUGAAGAAAUCACCAAAGAUGAAGACACGGAGACGGUGCCAGAGGAAUCACAUGGCAAAGAUCUCGCUGGCCCCGAGAACCUGUGGACAGAAAGCGACUCCGAGAAACAAGCAGAGGACGAGGGUGAAGGUCAAAUCCCCACACGUUCUCAGCAGCCACAAGACACCACGACUCCAGACACAACUGGAGACCCCAAUAGCACUGAGCCGAAGAGUCACGACAUCCCACCCGAAGCACCUGUAGAAAGCCACACCGAGAGCACGUUCCCAUCAGUACACGCAGAUGACGUCGCUGACAAAGAAGAUCCACAGACUCUAGACACAAACCAGGCUGAAACAACAAAUGAAAACACUGAAGAUCUUCAGAUGGUCAACAUGAACACAAACGAGAAUGCAAACAAAAACACUAAAGACGACGAUCCUCAGAACGCUGCUCCAAACCAGAAGAAAACGGCAGAUGAUAAGAUUGAAGAAGCUGAUCCGGAGAAGUUCAUCACAAACCAGAGCACUGCGUUACACACGUCUGAGGUGUUAGAAAGCUCAGAAACGGAGGCUCUGUUCGACGAGUCAGACGAUCAGAUUCAUAGAGUAAAACACGAACUCGCAGAUCUGCUCAAAAACACACUAGAAUCAGAGCAGCGCCGGGCUGAAGAUGAAAAGGACGAUGCUGAAGAGCUUUUAGAGGACGAGAAUGCCCUCUUCGCCUCAUCCAAAUCUCAACUUGCAGAGGACACACGUGAACCUGAAAUCCAGUCCGAGUCGGAUUCAUCGGAUGACAGCACAGAAGCAGAUGAGGUAAAGCACACAAACGCCACUCAAGAUGAAGACGGCUCACAACACAAACGUGAGGGCGAGGAGCCUGUAUACAGUGACAGCGUAUUGAGACUCACGAUUCUGAGAGAUCACCUGAAAGAUGAAGACGUGGAGCGCAUUCAGAAGCAUCUCGGCCUGAAAAACCUCUUCAAGCUGGAAGCCAUGUUUUCUGAUCUGGACCAGGAGAUGCUGUCUGUCAGGACGUCGCAGACGGGCACGGAGGAUGUGGAGAACACUCUGGACCAGAUCAUGGAGGCCUCCGAGAACUCGAUUCUUGACGAGACGGAGGAAGUGCUGAACGAAAAAGAGAGAAGUGCUCCAGAACACGGACAGCAGAAGGAGCCGGAAAUGUACGAUUUGGAGGCGGCCAUUCUCGACUCCUUUCAGGAGAUCGUCUUCUCUUUACGACAGAAACAUUCAGCAGACAGGGACAGCGUUCCUCUGCUCGAGGAAGAACAGACUGAAACGGAGGAACAGCACGAUUCUAGAGUGGCGAAGGAUGAUGUCGAUGUUGACGGUGAUGCUGAAAGUCCUGACCUCCGAGAGGAGCAGAAUGAAUCUGAAGCAAUACUCGAUACUGAAUUAAAUGCAAAUGCACAAGAUCUGUCUCCGAGUCAAGACAUGGGCCUCGAGGAAGACGGAGGACAUUUCAACAGAAAUAAGGAUGCUCAGAUGGGUUUUGAGGAUACCGAGGACAUCCAGAAGGGGCCUCAUGCUAUUCUGGACAACCCGCUGGACAUUGGACUUCGCUUUGAAAUGGAUCCAUCUUCAGCAGGUUCACUGGAGACCCCGAGCGUCUCUGACUUCCACGACACUGAAACCAACACUGACAUCUCCAGCUCAAGCAGUUCAGAUGAACUUUGGAGCCCGCUGCUUCUCGUCAAAGAAUAUCUUGGAGUGUACGCAGAAGUUAUCAUCGCUGACCUUCCAGAGGAAUGGAGACCGGGUCCCACUUUCCACGGCGUCCCCUGGGAGCCGGUGCUGGUCACGGCCGCUGUCGGCUUCCUCACGGUCCUGAUGUUUUUCUGGAGGACGGUGCUCGCUAUCAAAGGCAGAACUUAUGCGUUAACCGAAAAGCAGCUUCGAGAGAAGAUCCAGCAGCUCGUCAGUGAGAAAUCGGAUGCCGUCAACAAGAUAUCAGAACUGAAUGCUGUGAUGAAAGAACGUGAGGAACAGUUAAAAAGCUCAGAGAAGACCCUCAGUUCAAGCCAGCAAGACAUGAAACAGCUGAAGACGCAUCACAAGAAACUCCAAAGCCAGUGUGAGGAGAUGUCCGGCAGUAUGUCUCAGCUCAACCAGAAGAUUGUUGACACACAAGAGGAAAAUUCAAGUCUGAAUGAAAAAAUUGUCAAAAUGCACCAGAGGAUCGAGAAAUACCAGAAAACUCUGAAGAACUUUGAUGAGGAGCGAGCGAAGGUUCACGUCCUCGUGGAUGAAGCUAAAUUCAGAGAAGAUGCACUGAAAGCUCAGGUGAACUGCCUUGAGAAGGAAAACAAUGCUUUGAAAGAACUGAAGAAAUCUCUGCUGCGUGAUGCUAAAGACUGGCAGGAGAAACACGCGAAACUCAGCGAGGACAUCAGAGUCUAUCACAAAUCCCAAAAGGAGCUGGAGGACUCGCUGGUGCACAAGGAAAAUGAGAUUGACGUUUUGUCCGGCUGUAUUGCCGAACUCACCCGUCUGGGAGCCUGCGAUGCAGUGGAUUCACAGAAAGAUGAUGCUAAAAUGUCUCACAGAGAGGAAGCUGACAAGAAGAUGGACACCAUGAGACUGCGUAUCAAACAGAUGAUGGACGUCUCAAGGAUUAAAGCCACUCUGAGUGUUGUUGAAGACGAGAGAAGCCGCUACAUGGAAAGUCUCCUCACCGAACAGAAGAGCAGACAAGAGCUUGAGGAGCAAUAUCAGAAGGUCAUGCACGACCAGAUGAAUGUGAAGAGCGACAAGACUCAUUUGGAGAACCAGUUGAAGAACCUGCAGCAGAGGCUGGAGAUCACCACUGAGCUGUACCAGCAGAAAGAGAACGCCUUACAGCAGAAGUUGACUCAGGAGGAGCUGGAGAGACGUGAGAAGGAGACGAAGCUGUCGGAGGUGGACAGUAAAGCAGUGAGGUCAGAGGAGGAGCUGAGAGCCCUCAAACAGAAGAUCAGAGACGUUGAGGAAGAGAUGCAGCAGAAUGAACAAACACUGAGGAAUGAGGUUGCGAUCCAGGAAAAGAAAGCUCACGAGAACUGGCUGAAAGCGCGCGCCUCAGAACGAGUGCUGGUGGAGGAGAGACGAGAGGCCGUGACACUCCGGCAAAAGCUGGUGGAGUGCAGCGAUAAAAUAUCAGACCUGGAGCAAACUGUGUUCAGACUCAACUCUGCACCUCCGGACCGACACAUGCCGCCCAUGAGGAGAGGUGAUUCAUACGGGCCGUCCCCCGUCAGUGGGGGGGCUCCGUCUCCUCCUCUAAUGAUAGAGGGUCCCGGCCGCCCCCCUUCUGCUCCUGUAGGCAGACGGAGCGACUCGUUUGGUCCACGGCCCCCUUCAGACCCUCACGGGUGCUUUUCAGAGCUCGGACACCCGCUGCCCUCUCGACCAGAAAUGUUUCCUUCCAUGACAUCGUCUCCGUGUGCACACGACGGACCAAUGCAGACAGCUGCGGUCACUGAGACGGCUGAGCAGGUCUCAUCUGAGCCCGUAGAGAGCCUCUCGAAGUCUCAGAGUCAGGGAUCUUUCUUACCGUCCCCCAUUCGGGAUUCUCCUGUACCGCCACUGAAUGCCCCAUUUAAGUCUUAUAGACCGCCAAUGAUGGGUGGACCCAUUCCGCCCAACGGACCUCCUCCUCUUAUGAUCAGACCGCCCAAUGGCCAUCCUCCCAUGAUGCCCCCAGGACUGGGCCCUGAGCCACGCUUCAGACCCCCUCCUAUGGAUUCUUACAGGCCUCCUCCUCUGAUUGGCCCAUAUGGACCCGUACCUCCACAUUUUGCACGAGGCCCACCUCUACGAGAUCUCCCGCCCAUGGGGCCGCUCCCCCCACUGCCACUAGGCCCCCGCGACUUCCCUCCUGAUUUUUACGGACCUCGUGGGCUUCCUCCACGGCCCUUCCACCCCGGACCUCUGCCACCCCCUGGAGCGAUGGCUCCACACCCGUACGGUGGCCGGGCUUUCCCUGGACCCGCUCCGCCAGUGGCUCAGAGCUCCAGAGACGGUGAGGAGAACGUCACACCAUCCAACAAUCCCCCCACAGACGGCCCCUCACAGGACGCUGGCGGUUCAUCCGUGGCAGAGCCGUGAAUGAACUUGAACCAGCUCCACCAGCCUUGAUUUAUUUUACUGGGUCCUGAUUCUUUUCAAUAUUUCAGCAUCAGCUGCAUUUGGAGUGGGUGGGUUAAAACAAUAGUUUGAUUUUGCCAUUUUUGCUGAAGCUUGUUUCAAUAACACAAUUGUGAGGGAAAUGAUGAGGGUUUUGAUUUUAUAAGUUUGCAAACCUUUCCUAUGGAAAUAGUUUGAAAUAGACAUUUGUUCGUUUUUCUCUCUACCACUCACCCAGUGAUGAUGCAUUCUGGGAAAUUAUCUAACCAGUCUGGUAUUAUAUUUAGGCACGCGAAAUAAACCAUCACAGCCUUUAAUAUGAGAGACUGGAGAGAGGUUUGAUAUUUUUAUGCCUUUUUCAGCAGUUUUGAACAAACGCUGGCUGUUUUUGGUUGCUUUUAGUCGGUUUAAGUCUCCAGGUCAUGUAGCUAUUCUCCCGCUCGCCCACGCUUCGUUUCUUUUAACGUUUGAUUUUCUGUACGUCUGUGCUUAUGAUUUCUUUUCCUAGCGGAAAGGCACAUAUGAUGUCAUAUUGACAAAGUAUUUGUACAUUUCUUUCAGCUGCAUAUAUAAUAAAACUAUUCUCAUAAAUGGUCAUCAGAUUCAUGUCAACAUUCAGCCAGCACAUAAAUCGCAUUUUAAUUGUAUUAAUGGAUGUUGGAAACGGAUUUUGUAAAGCUUUAACAGCAUGUCAUGUCAAACAUUUUUUCCUGCCAUAAAUUGUUUCAUUGAAUGCUGUUUAUUAAAAAUGUUUAUUUACGACAUCACGAAUGGUUUCAUGAAUGAAUUUCACAGCUUUGCCAAGUUGAGUUAACAAAAUUGAAUUUGACUUAUCAUGUAGAAUACAUAUGACUGUUAAUGAUGUUCCCUGGAUUUUUUUAAUGCAAUGCUCUCCGAAACAAACAACCUCAAAUCUACAGACCCUUUUAUCUUUAUUUUUGGCCGGUUUUGUUUGACUUGAGAGUAAAUUAUUUCAGAAGUUUGUUUAGAGGAUGUAAUGUGCGUUAUGACAUUUUAAGGAAAGAAACUGUUUUUAUCAAACAGUGAUGUGAAUUCUAUGAAUGAGUUAAAUAAAGCUGUUUUUUCCUGUAGAGAAUGGUG